UUGUCUCUGGAGUAGCUGCAAUGGAGUGUGGGAUGGUUCUGACCCACUUGAAGGUCCAGCCUGGUGAGUGCAUCGCUGUGAAGGGGAUGGUGCCACUGGAUGCCAAGAGCUUUGCUCUGAACAUGGGCCGGGCCGGUUCGGACCUGGCCCUUCACUUCAACCCCCGGUUCGAGAGCCACGGGGACGCCCGCAUCAUCAUCUGCAACUCGCUGCAGGGCGGGGAGUGGGGGGAGGAGCAGCGGGAGCCGGACUUCCCCUUCCAGCCGGGGCAGGAUACCAAGAUCUGCAUCUCCUUCGAUGCCCAGGAGCUGACGGUGGCGCUGCCGGGGGAGCAGCAGCUGAAAUUCCCCAACAGGCUGGGGCUGGAGGCCAUCGAAUUCUUCUCAGUGGAGGGAGACUUCAGGGUCAAGUCCAUCAAGUUCAAGUAG